AUGGUUUCGGACGUCACAAGAUUAGAUAAACAUACUUUUGAAUGGGACAGGCACUGCCCACAAAUUAUAGUCUUUCAUGCUUUUAUGAGAACUCAGUUAGCUCAAAGUUACUUUGUCAAGAAUCACAUGUUUGUUGUUCAGGAUAAAUCUUUUUGUUUGGGUCCAGCCACGUUUAAGAAAUUAGUAAGCGAUCUAGAACUUACAGGAAGUGUGAUACAAACGCAUAUUAAUUCACCUCGGACUACAGCGUACUUGGCCACUAUAUUAGCGCAAAAUGAAAAGAUAAAAAAACUUCUAGCAUUUAGCGCAGGCAAAAGGAAAUAUGAGUAUGAAUCUUAUUUUAACGAAUUAGGAAUGUCAAAUACUAGGUUAUUUUCUGAUAGACUGAUUGAUACGCCCGCUGUGUAA